AUGGCCUCCAAACCCACCUUGACCACGGCCAUCCAACCGCCCCCCGGUCCGGAGCUGUCCCUCCCCGACCAGCCCAAUUCCAAUCCCCCCGUCUUCCAGGAUGCGAUGGCCGUGCGCAUGCGUGUCUUUGUCGACGAGCAGGGAUGCAGCGCCGACGCUGAGAUCGACGAAGACGACGCGCGCAGCUGGCAAUGGGUCAUCUCCGCCUCCGCCGCCCCCGACACCAGCAUCCCGGUCGCGGUGAUCCGUCUCGUCCCACCCCCGCAUCCACCGCACGAGUUGCUGACGCACCCGGACGUGACAUCGAAACUUCCCUUCGACUGGGCCCACGAACCCUGCGUCAAGCUCACCCGCGUGGCGGUCCUGCCGCAGUAUCGAGGCCUGGGAUUGGGACGGCGAUUGGUCGAGACGGCUCUCGAAUGGGCGGUGCAGCACGCGGCGGAGAUCGAGGAGGCGGCUGCUAGGGUGGCGACGAGGUUCCAUUGGACCGGACAGCCCGUCCCGUGGCAGGGAUUGGUUCUGGUUCAUGCACAGGUGGAGGUGGAGAAGAUGUACAAGGGGUUGGGAUUCCAGACGGACGAGUCAUUGGGACGGUGGGAUGAAGAGGGGAUCGAGCACGUCGGCAUGUUUCGACGGGUGGAGGUGGCGAGGUGA